CCAAUAAUGUUCAUCCCAUGUGCGUACAUAUAUACCAACAAACCUUACCCUCAAGUAAGACAUGGAACAACCAGGAAUGGAGUUGGACAACAAGCAAAUUGCAGACGAUGAGAAGGUUAAGAAGCUCGGAGGCAUCAAGACAAUGCCAUUCAUUCUUGCAAAUGAAAUAUGUGACAGAUUUGCAGCCACCGGAUUUCAUGCCAAUAUGAUAACAUAUUUGACACAGCAGCUGAACUUGCCUCUAGUUAAGGCCUCUAAUACUCUCACCAACUUCGGUGGAACGGCUAGCUUCACGCCCCUUAUCGGUGCUUUGAUUGCCGACUCUUUUGCAGGCCGCUUUUCGACCAUCAUCGUCGCUUCCGUUAUCUAUGAACUGGGAAUGAUCAGCAUCACCGUAUCAGCAGUGCUACCAUCACUCCGGCCACCUCCAUGUCCAACCCAACAAAACUGUAAAGAAGCCUCAAGCUCCCAGUUAUGGGUCCUUUACAUGUGCCUUCUACUCACCUCUCUUGGCACUGGUGGUAUUAGGCCUUGCGUGGUUACCUUUGCUGCAGACCAAAUCGAUAUGACCAAAUCAAGUGUUAAUUCUCGCAAAUGGAACUUCUUCAACUGGUACUAUUUUAGCAUGGGAAUGGCAACCUUAACUGCCUUGACUAUUGUAGUUUAUAUACAAGAUAAUGUGGGUUGGGGUUGGGGCCUUGCAAUCCCAACUAUAGCCAUGGCGUUAUCUAUUAUAGCUUUUGUAGUUGGUUCUCCACUUUAUAUCAAGUUAAAACCAGGUGGUAGCCCUUUGAUCAGAUUGGCUCAAGUGAUUGUUGCUGCUGUGAAGAAGAGGAAAAUAGCAUUGCCAGAUGACCCUACGCUUUUGUACCAGAAUAGAGAGCUUGAUGCUUCUAUUUCUGUCAAUGGAAGGCUUUUACACACCAAUCAAUUCAAGUGGCUUGAUAAAGCUGCAAUUGUAACAAAAGAUGAUGAGCAAACAGAUUCGAAGACGCUAAAUCUUUGGAGGCUGGCUACGGUCCACAGAGUUGAGGAACUAAAAUCCAUCAUUAGAAUGUUACCCGUUUGGGCAUCUGGGAUCUUACUUAUAACCGCUUCUUCACAUCUGCAUAGCUUUGUCAUCCAACAAGCUCGCACUAUGGAUCGUCAUUUGUCGCAUUCUUUCGAAAUCCCACCAGCGAGCUUAUCCAUUUUUAGUAUUUUAACGAUGAUGAUAGGGCUCGUCUUAUACGAGCGCCUUUUCGUCCCUUUUGCUCGUCGUUUCACUGGAAAUCCCGCAGGCAUCAGUUGCCUGCAGAGAAUGGGAAUAGGCUUUAUUGUUAACAUAAUUGCAACUAUUAUUUCAGCAUUAAUUGAGAGCAAAAGAAAAGCAGUGGCUGCCCAUCACAACUUACUGGAUAAUCCUAAAGCCAUUAUUCCAAUAAGCGUGUUUUGGUUAGUUCCUCAAUUUUGCCUUCAUGGAGUAGCAGAAGUUUUCAUGUCUGUUGGGCACUUGGAGUUUCUUUAUCAUCAAUCGCCAGAAAGCAUGAGAAGCACAGCUGCAGCUCUGUAUUGGAUAACUAUAGCAAUGGGAAAUUAUAUCGGUACACUUAUUGUCUCUCUAGUUCACAAAUAUACUGGCCAAGAAAAUAAUUGGUUGCCUGAUACCAAUCUUAACAGGGGAAGAUUAGAUUAUUAUUAUUGGCUUGUAACAGGUGUCCAAGUCAUAAAUCUUGUUUAUUAUGUAAUUUGUGCUUGGUUGUAUACUUAUAAACCCUUAGAAGAGGCCAAGGAAGAAGAUAAUGAAGAGAUAAGGAUCGGAUAUAAAAAGUCGAAUGAUAAAAAUGGGGGGAGAGAGGUGGAACUCAAUAGAAAUGAGAUAGUUAAGGUUGUAUAACUUCUCACGAUGAGUAUGAAAUUUACAAUAAAUGGAAUCCCAAGAAUUUUAAUUUAAAAAA